GUGAAAACAACCAUACUUUCAGUCUCAAUCCAGAAUGUACGGAAAACCAAUCAUCGUGCUCGUCACCUCCUUGCUCGUUGCCAACGCGACCCCUCUGGUCGCUCGCGCCGACGAACCUGUCGCCAUCAUCUACCCUGACUACACCAGCCAAUACAACUCCGCCACCGGCGCUGUUGUCUUCCACACAGCCCAAGGCCACGUCAGCCGCAGCUCCAAGAACAACGGCGCCGACAUCAGCACCCUUGUCACCUUCGAAUUCGACCAGAAAUACGCCGACAACCAGUGCCAACUCGUCUUUGACCUCUUCAACUCGACCUCGACCCUCAGCGGGUCCAAGAAAGCCCAACUCUAUGCCUCCCUCGCCCCAGCCUACGCCGAUGCUAGCUCCUGGCCGUCGGGCAACCUGCGUGACCAGGCUCUCGGCUCCAUCGAUGUGAUCAAGGGUGGUCGCGCCACGUGGCAAGCCGGAUCUGGUCCGUUGGCUCCCGUCAAUGGAUCCUUCCCUUGCUCGGAGAUUGCCGGGGGUAUCUAUGGCGGCGAGGUGGUUCCCCAGGGUGAUGAGGUGGAAAUCAAAUGGCCGGCCGGCUACGACGGGGUUAAGGUUCUUGUUUGGUAG